CUCUGUGGUUGGUUCACCGUUCAAACUUCAAAUCCCCAAACCAAAAAAUUCACCACACUCCCCUCUCUCAUUUCAAAUUUAUUCCACUGCAAACACUUUGAAAGCGAUCUUCCAUUGCUGAAGCUGCGAGGUUUCAAUCCACAGUAAUCACCAAGCUGAGAUCCGGAAAACUGCCCCUCUCUUAUUCUCCCUCUCUCCCAAACACGCACACACAGACAGAGUGUAAUUGUUUUGGGGACUGGAGGUACAUUGUAUCUCUGCGGCGGACACUUUGCAUAUAUCCCUCAAAUUGUUUGUUUUCUCCCAUUCCACUGCUCGAAUCACGGUUUUCAGUUGUAUUUUUCGUCCCCACACAUACGGAAGAGGAAGUGGAAUUGGAAACUGACUCAGUCAUUUCGUCGAACACGACAUGAGCAAUUAAAUUCACUCUUUAUUGGAUGGUUGCGGAUGUGGUCUGGCGUUUUUCUCCUGGGAUCUGCCGCACUGUCUCCGAAUUUCGUCGGUGAGGCGGAGGUUGUGCUAGGGUUUUUUCGCAUUUUGGUUUCCACUUUCAAAGUUAGGAAAUGACGACCACCACCAAACGUGCUUACAAGCUACAGGAAUUUGUAGCUCAUUCUUUAAGUGUAAACUGCCUAAAGAUUGGAAGGAAAUCAUCAAGGGUUCUUGUGACUGGAGGGGAAGAUCACAAGGUCAAUCUCUGGGCUAUUGGCAAGCCCAAUGCCAUACUGAGUUUGUCAGGCCAUUCCAGUGGAGUAGAUUCAGUUAGCUUUGAUUCAUCGGAGGUUUUGGUUGCUGCUGGAGCAGCUAGUGGUACCGUUAAGCUUUGGGAUUUGGAGGAGGCUAAGAUCAUACGCACCCUCACUGGUCACCGCUCCAAUUGCAUAUCCUUGGACUUUCAUCCUUUUGGAGAGUUCUUUGCAUCUGGUUCCCUGGACACAAAUCUCAAAAUAUGGGAUAUCAGAAGGAAGGGGUGUAUACACACUUACAAGGGUCAUACUCGUGGAGUUAACACGAUUAGGUUUACUCCCGACGGGCGGUGGGUUGUUUCUGGUGGAGAGGACAACACUGUGAAGCUAUGGGAUUUAACUGCUGGAAAGCUUUUGCAUGAUUUUAAAUGUCAUGAAGGCCAAGUUCAAUCCAUCGAUUUCCAUCCGCAUGAGUUUUUGCUGGCAACAGGCUCAGCUGACAAAACUGUAAAAUUCUGGGACCUUGAAACUUUUGAGCUGAUUGGAUCAACUGCACCUGAGACCUCCGGAGUACGCUGUAUGACCUUCAAUCCUGAUGGGAGAACACUGCUUUGCGGCUUGCAUGAGAAUUUGAAAGUUUUCUCAUGGGAACCAAUAAGAAGUCAUGAUACUGUAGAUGUGGGGUGGUCUAAAUUAUCAGACAUGAAUGUCCAUGAAGGAAAGCUUCUAGGAUGUUCUUAUAACCAGAGUUGUGUUGGAGUUUGGGUUGUAGACAUUUCGGUAUGA